GCGGGACUAGGCUGCGCGCGCAGCGGGCGGGAGAUAGGAAAAAACAAUAACGCCCGAAACUGCCGCCCGGCGGUCGAAAUGUCUCGGAGGGGACGCAGUGAGGAGUGGGAAGACCCACAGUAUCAGGACACAGACUCUGAUGUUCCAGAGCAUAGAGAGAACCGCGUCAAGGUGAAAUGGACCCAGGAGGAGGAUGACACACUGAAAACCUUGGUGAGAACUUACGGACAGGGUGAAUGGAAGACAAUAGCCAAUCAUAUGGUGAAUCGAACUGAACAGCAGUGUCAGCAUAGAUGGCAACGUGUACUCCACCCUGACCUAGUCAAAGGCCCAUGGACCAAAGAAGAGGAUGAAAAGGUAUUAGAGCUGGUGAAGAAGUAUGGAACUAAACACUGGACUCUGAUUGCCAAACAACUGAAGGGUAGGAUGGGUAAGCAGUGCCGGGAGCGCUGGCACAACCAUCUCAACCCAGAAGUGAAGAAGUCAUCCUGGACAGAAGAUGAAGACCGCAUUAUUUGUCAGGCGCAUAAACUUCUGGGAAACCGAUGGGCUGAAAUAGCAAAGCUGCUGCCUGGAAGAACGGACAAUGCAGUGAAGAAUCAUUGGAACUCCACCAUCAAGAGGAAAGUGGAGACUGGCGGGUAUCUGAACGGACGGAAGAGCAGUGUCACUGGUGAUCAGGAGGAGCGGGAGGAUUCUAGCUCCCAGACUGUUGUGGAGAAGAGUGAUCAAUGUUUGGUACCCCAUGACAAGGCUGAGGUUACAGAACCUACCACCUCCUCUGAUAUAAUGGAGGUAAAUAUUACUGAAGUAAAGUCAGAAGUGCACAGUGAAGGUGAAGAUGAUGAUAGCGCUGGAUCCAGCCCCUCAUCCACUGUCGCUUCUGUAAGCUCAGGGCCAGAGAAGUGGAUGGUGGAGUACGUCAACUACCUGGUGCCGAACUCUGACAUGAUUGAAUCUGACACUGAUGGCUGGUGUGACCUAACUUCGUUUGAAUUGGUAGAUGACUCUGCUGUCAGUGAUGUUGGAAGCCUUACAAACUCUACCUCUGAAAAGCCCAUGGCAGCCAAUGUUACAGAAUACCGGCUGGAUGGGCAUACCCUCUCUGAUUUGAGUAAAGGCAGCCAGGGUGAAUUGAUACCCAUUUCUCCACGUCCACAAGGCAUCUUCGGGACGCCACCCUCCCUGCUUAAACAACACAAGAAAAGGAAAAUUACAUUGUCACCUGUUACAGAAAGUACGAUCAACAGCAGCAUGUCCACUACAGAAGUGAACAGUAUGACUCCAAAGAGCACUCCUGUCAAAUCCCUGCCUUUCUCUCCAUCUCAGUUUUUGAAUUUCUUGUCAAAACAUGAUGCCUUGGAGCUGGAAAAUCCAUCUCUGACAUCAACGCCUGUCUGCAGCCAGAAGGUUGUGGUGACCACCCCUCUCCAUCGGGAUAAGACGCCACUGCUGCAGAAGAAUCUAGCAUUUGUCACUCCAAAUCACAAAUUUAUGGGGGAGAAUGCACCUCACACCCCUACACCGUUUAAAAAUGCAUUGGAAAAGUUUGGCUCAAGGCCAUUGCCCCCUACUCCUCACCUGGAAGAAGAUCUGAAAGAGGUCCUACGCAGUGAGUCUGGCAUCGAGCUGAUUAUUGUAGAUGAGCCGAACCAUGAUCGCCACAAAAGGAAACCCGGGCAUCCUCACAGUCCUAUCAAGAAAGUGCGCAAGUCCCUGGCGUUGGAUAUUGUAGACAAGGAGAUUAAGCCUCCCACAUUGUCUCUCUCAUCGGCUGCUUCACAUAUACAGGCACAGAGCUGCGAGAGCUUCCUGUCCAUAUCUCUGAACGAUUCUUCAUGCAGCAGCAAGGAGGAAAACAGUCUUUUGAACCAGGGAUUUGUCCAGGUCAUGUCGGGAAAAGGAUCUUUUGCACUUGGUGACACCUCACACACUGACAUUGGAGAACUGGUUAAAACACAUGAGUCUGCUCUUCACAGAGCUGGCAAGGCCAUGCCAGUUAAGACUGAGCCUGCUGCUAAUGUAGCCACAGACUCUCCAUCCUGUAUGAUGGUGGACAUGGACAAAGUAGUGAGAACAUCACUUAAUAACAGCAAAGCUGCAAGUCUGAAAGCUGAUACAGGUGUAACGGUACAGGGUGAAAAGCAGGCAGUGACGCGGGUGGAGAAACUCGGGACUCCAGAACCGAUGAGUCACGCUUGGAAGAUCAUUGCUUUUGGUGGCUCCAAGGACCAGCUACUUAUGCAGGAAAAAGCACGAGCAAUCCUGAACUUGUACAAGCCCAGCUCUACUUCUCGAGCCCUUAUCCUGUCUUGAUACAUUCCUUCAAACUGUAAAAGUGUAGUGCAGACGACAUGGCCCUCACUGCCCA